AUGUCUCCAACCAGCCUCUUCUCCAAGAACGCCCAGACUCUCAAGGCCAUCUUACCACCGCAAGUAAUGCUCAAACACUCAUUUCAGAGCCCUCUAUUACCAACCGUUUCACACCUCGAGUCCCUCCCGUCAGCCAUAACAUUACAAAUCUUCUCCCUACUCCCGCCGUCAACAUUAGCAAUCCUAUCCCUCACCAGCCACACACUGCGCCGCAAAGUCUCGAAACCCGAAGAUCCUUUUUUUGUACUGAACAAGAAGGGAAAUGAGUACGAGCGCGCGAAGCUCCUAGAAGCUACUCUGUGUCUACAUUUCAGUCGCAUGGAAGAAAUUUUCCUUGGCUGGCUGUCCACGAGACGAUGCGAAGUCACCGGCACUUUCCCCAUCAUGGUUCCAAGAAGUUGCAUUUCACCAGUGAGACGCCAACGGGAUGGCGUUGGUGGAACGAUUCCUCGACAACUUUUGUCCACGACCGACUAUUGCUCAGAGACAGAUGGUAUCAGCUGGUCACUUUGCAAGAAGACUCUCAACAGCUGUGGCAUGAUAAAAUAG